AUGCGUUUUUAUUUUCCUUUACUUUUUAUCAUUGUCUUGAAACUAUCGGCUGCCUCUGGCCUUUUCUCUUAUAAACUUUGGAAUAAACAAAGGCUUAUUAGCGAAGUUGUUAAAAACUAUCUUUUGAGUUGUCAAAGAUUGGAUAUUUUGAAGAAUGUAGAAAAUCUUAAAAAAGUUUUCCAGCUUGGUAUUGUCCAAAAUGUCAAUUUUUGGGAACAAUUAGAAAUACUUGUUGAUUUGCCUAAAUUUUGUGAUCAAAAGGAAUUGAUGAGUGCAAAAUCUGGACAUUUAGAUUGUUUUGAAAUGCCAAAAAACGGAAAUUUACUUCGCUUAUUAAAUGAAUAUAAAAUUCAAGUAGAUAAAAAUGAAAAGUUUAUUAGACGCUUAUUGGUAUGCAAACUUAUUUUCAGGAUGGAUAGGCCCAAAGUUUCAGAGAAAAAUGUUAAAGCUUUGAUUGCUGAUUUUUUAAUUGAGGAAAGGAAUAGGCCAAUAUAUUUUGAAUCAAAAAUAAACAAAUCAGUAAAUUCUACAAGUAAAGAGAAUAUGGAGGAUGUUGAUAGUGAACACAACAAAAGGCUCGUGUUAAUAGAUUAUGAAGCUUCUGAGUGGCAAUUGCGAUUGGAGAAUUUGCUCAAUAACCUUUAUCAUCUCUAUAAAAAGUCAGAAAUAAUCACUGGUCUUCAAACAAAUAUAAAAACAAAGAUAAAUAUAAAGAAAAAUGAUGUUGGGACGAAUGUUCGAAUGCAGACAAGCAUUCAUUCAGAGAGACAUUUGAAUGAUGCUUGUAAGAUUUUAAAAAAUAACACCGAGAUUUUCGAUCUCGUUGAAGCGCAUUUAGUUAACAAGGCGGAUCGUUCAAAUAUAGAAACAAUUUUUAAUAAUAUCAAGGGUAUUGAAAUAAAAAUUCACAGGAAAAUUCUUAAAAGAAAUAAAAACUCAAGAUAUGGUAGUAGUUCAUCUGAAAAUAAUACAAGUAAGCGAAACCCUGUCCAUUGUCAGAAAAUAUUUAGAAUUUCAGUUGAUAAUUCUAAGUGUAUUAGUGAUCUUGUAACACUUACUGCAAUCAUCGAGUUAUAUCAGUCAUUAAUUGAUGCUAUAGCACAAAGGAUUCAGACUUUAGAAGAUAAUUCUUAUAAAAUAUUUUGCCCUGAAAAAAAUUCAAAUUGUUCCAAAGAUGAUUUGAUGAGAGUUUUAUUUAAAAUGAGGAAAAAGGCUGAAUUGUUAAAUGCUUCUAUUAAUUCAUGGUUUAAACGCAAAUUAGUAAAGAAUGAAUACGAGGAAUUACAAUACCAGUUAAGAAGCAAAGUUGAUGGGCAUUUCCCCAUUUUGAUAAUUGACAAUGAAAUGCCUAAACAUAGAGGAAUCGUUGCACGAAUGGAAGACGGAUUGAGGAAAAUUAGGAAUCAAAUAUAUCAGCCUACUUGGGAAGCAUCGAAAAAUAAGAAAAAGAUGGGAAAACAAGGAAGAAACCGAUACCGUUAUUUUAAUUCAACGCCAAGGAUUAAAAAAAUUUAUAAGCAUAAACCUCGAAUUCUCUAUGUAGUUGAUGAGCCAUCUCGUCCUGCUUAUUAUUAUCAGAAGAGAUUGAAGAGAGGAUUUUGGAAUAAUUGA